GACAACCCCUCUCACCCCACCAUUCCCUUUCAAGGCUCCCACUCACCCUCAAAGGUGUCGGAAUAGACUCCUCUUCAUCGUAGGCACAGACCUGGACUCAUUGCUGAUGUUCUGAGCACUUCUACGCAAGCACGGGUCAUUUCAAACAGCUCUCUCCAAUCGCGCCUCUACCCCACGUAAUAAUCUCACUCGUACGAUGGAAGCAGUCGAACCUCCCAUUACCGUCUUGUGAUCACUCAUUUGUACAACAUCGUCGUCUCACAUCAUCAAUUUGGCUCGGCAGACGCUGUUCGGAGAAUUUUCGCAAUAUCUCCUCACGGGGCAGACCUUCACAGCCCAGCCUGCACCGCCCUCCACUCUAGUAACCCCAAGGGACAUCUCAUCGUCUUGGUUCUCUUGGUCAGGCCCCAUAGCUGCUUGAGGUAGCCACAAGCAUGCCUACAAGCUACUCUGCAAGCUCGACUGGUGGUGGAAGCGGCGGGCUCAACAUCACCGGUGGCGGCGAGGCCGCAACUAGCGAGGAUGGUUUACAAGGCUAUUCGUCCUCCUCCUCUUCCUCCAUCUACCAACAUCCUUUUGCCAGCUUCAACUUUGGUCCUUCCACACCUACAGACACAACUAGCUCCCUUUCUUCACGCAUGAAAGAUGCCUCACUCUCGCCUACUAGUAGCUUCAACCAACGGGCUCAUGCUGGUGCAGAUCAGACGGUCACCGAUCUCAACGGGCCUCCCAGCCCUGCAAUGAGCUUCACUGGAAGCCAGCACAGCAUGGACGACUACGACACAGACUCCCCCAACAGUCUGUACUCUUGGAGCUCGUUCAUGAGCGGUCAGCGCGGCGAUCUGGCCGACGUCGAGGAUCUCGAACUCGGAGAGCCCGAGCUCGAGACUGUCUCUGAGCUGGACGAAGAGAACUUCUCCGCCAACGGUAGCGAUGGCCCCAAUCUCGAGUCAGACGACGACUCCAGAGCUCAAACACCAGAUGGGUUGCGCUUUGGCGAGUCUCUGAAUCGGAAACGCACCAUUACCCAGCAUCGUGGCGGCGCUUCUCAACACCACCACCUCCACAACCACCUCGUUGGCCAGAGUGGUCACGGCUUACCUCAUUUCUCGCCUCGAAGCGGAGGUCAUGGUCUUUCGCAUCACUCGAGAUGGACGUCAAGAAUACCCGCUAGCGUUGUGGCCCGGAGACGUAAAGGACGAAUUGCAGAGCUGGCCGAAGAGGGUGGAGGUGAUGUCAUCACAGGCAACGUUGGUAUCAACACCACCAAGAUGCCGAGCAAAGAGGCAGCCGAAAAGUCAGCUUCAAAUGCCCCAUCUUCGAGCGUCAGCGGGAAAAGCACCGUCACGCCACGCUCCAGUGAUAGCUCUGGCUAUCCCGGCACGCCACCGUCAACGCAAUGGUCGGAAUUCUCUGGACCUCCUGCUUUGCCCGUCCGUAGUGUCAGCCCCAGUGAGACGGUCCCAGUGGUGCCCAGUCCUCUCUGCGAGUUUAUCAGUGCCUCUAUGGCGGAAGGAGAAGCGAUGCCGUCAGGUACAGCAGGAGAAGGCUCGGAGAGCAAGGCUUCAGACGCUGACAAGAGCGCACAUCCGAGUGGCACGUCCGAUGACAAGGACACCGGAGAUCAAUCGACUACAUCGACCGUGUCACGUACCUUGAGCGGAGAGGCAGCAGCACCCCUCGCUGCUCCCACAGCCAGGCGAGGGCUCCUCACUUCUGCCACCGCUACAGACGUCUCGGGCACGCAGAAUGACGGAUCACCUCCGGACACAGCAUCUAGUGGAUCAUUCACUACGAACAAUACUCGACCCGCUUCUCCCGAAACGACACCACCGAGCUCUCCAACCCAACCACUUGGGCGAAAGGAUUCCUUCCGGGCCCGAAGGUCGUCUUCUCCGGUUCAAUUACCCAGCAAGUCCAAAGCGCCUCUUCGCCCUUGCUUCUCAAGACGCAAUUCUACUCAGAGUGGUCGCAGCACAAGAGAAUCCUCAAUGGAGAGGGAGAGGGGGCGUUGUCAUGUCCGCUUCUCCCCAGCUCCGCCUCAGACCAUCAGAACGCAUUCGCCGAUCGAAUACGAUCGGUCUUCCUGUGCGGUACACAAUCGCCUCAGCGUCGAAGACGUGCAAGAAUUGCACAAUUUGAACAUGGACAUGGGCCUGCUUUCUGCCAAGUGCAGUGCCAUUGCAGCCAUUACGAGCUGUAAGCUACCUAACAGGCCUGGCAGCUCCAACGCUUCCGCAAGCUCUUCACCGUCGUCCCACGCCGGCAGCACAGACUCUCCGUCGCUUCAUCCAUGUCGGGACAGCUUGGCCCCGGAAGAUGCAUUGAGCUCCAGACCUGAGCACGCUUACACCGGCCGGGCGCGAAGCAAUUCUUCGCGAGGCCCAUCGUCUCCUGGAGAUUUUGGCCACAUCGCACCAGCGAAGUCCCUGUCUUCGGAAGGCUUGAUGAGCCCAGCCGAGCACCUACGUGCCCAGAGAGAAAAGGAACGUGAGCGGGCUUGCAUCAUGGCUGGGAUUGGCACUGGGCUGGGUGGUCGCAAUCUUGGUCGUGGUGUCAGAGGCCAGACUACCAAUCCUCUCAUAGCUCGUUUCGGCCUAACGACGCCCCCGCCUCCGCUACCCAGUGCAGGUUUCGCGUCUCGCAGCGCUGGUUCGGGCAGUCGGUCUGCUCCCUCAACACCCUACGACAUGCCGUCCUCACCCGUUUACGUUGCGCAACAGCAGCACGACGAACCAAAGACGAUGUCGGAUCGCUCUCGCUCGCCAAGGGCCUCAUCUCUGCAACGCACAGCGAAUGAAGAGCGGGCCAUGCUGAGAUCUAUGGCUUUGUCUAACAAAGCCGUCGCAGCUGCCAUUGACGACAGUGAGACGGAAUGUGAUGAGCCUAGAGCGGGCAAGACACCUGGCUCUGCCCCAAUGACACCGUCGGGCUCUUUCGGGUCGACCCCGAGGGGUCGUACUACCGUCAGGAAGGACGAAGCCAAAGAAGUCACGCCUUCAACACUACAAGCAGCAGGAAGUACGAGCUUGCCUGACGUCGUGACCACUUCCCCAAGUCCACCUCCGGGGCAAAAGGCUAUGUCAGACCCGUCGAGCGUUACUAGUGCUCUUCCUGUGAUGUCCCCUGUCGAGACGCCCAGUGCGGGCGACGUCGCAACGCCUCUGUGCUCCGCCAGCUCGCGAUCCUCCCCAAGUCGAGCUUCGGAUUCGUACUUUAGCCACAAACCGACUCAACGGGCAGAGGAACCACGGAAGUGGGGCAGCUACCAGCAGGGGUCGCCUUCGAAUGCUUCGCCUUAUGGUUCUUCGCCAAGUACGCCGUAUGGAGGCUCGUCCUCACCUUGGAACGACCCUACGCUGCUCUCUGGUGGAGCUGGCGGUUGUCGAGCUGGUAGAGGCGGAUAUGACUCCCCAGGUAGCGGCUUCGAGAGCGGUAGCGAGUAUGACCUGCUCGGAUGAAAGCGCCUCCGACUGCAGAAUCAAGCAUCCCGAGAAUUGAACCUCAAUCACAUCGCCAGAACUUCCGGCUUCCUUGCCAUCACUUUGGACUUUUCCCUUACUGUCCCUGGUCUUCGCUCAGUUAGUCACUCAGCAUUUCCCCCUGCGGCUCCUCCUUCUCCACCUUGUUUCCCAUCCAUUCAUCUUCUAGCCACUUCUAUGUCACAAGCUCUCCACUCCCCUUGUUUCAUCCACCCUUGCAUUUUCUGACCAGCUUUUCAUUGCGCUUCUCCUCUACAUGUAUCAUAGCUUUCUACGUCCGAUUCACCUUCUCAUUCAUUCAAUUGCCUUUUCUGCUCUCAC